AUGGCUGAAGAAAAGCGUCCCCUUGACAGAUCGCCAUACUAUGUGACCCAUUCAGAACAUCUUGACCGUGUUCUCAGUAGGCCUCAGCUGGCAGGCAUUGGCAUAUCCGGUUGCAUAGGUGGAGGCAUCUUCAUUACAUCCGGUGCACUCAUCGCUACUACUGGAUCUUUAGGCGCUGCUAUUAGCUAUGUCGUCGCAGGUAGUAUCGUCGCUUGCGUCAUGUACACCAUCACUGAGAUGGUUGCAUGUCGACCGUUGACCGGAGCUCUCAUUGAUCUGCCUCACACGUUCUUAGACCCAGCCUGCGGUUUCGCUAUCGCAUCUAUGUACGGGCUAGGCAAGAUUUGUGCGAUGGCUACUCUUACAGCGAGUUCGGCGGAGCUGACUGCGCUUCUGAAGAGCGACCCGAAACCGCAUUCUGCAGGUGCUGAGGCAGCUAUCAAUAUUGCAUUCAUCGCCCUGACUACGCUUUCUCAUUGCCUCGGCGUCAAGCUGUAUGGCAAGAUCGAACGAGUCGUCAUGUGGUUCAAACUGAGCUUACUGGUCCUUGUAUGUGUUAUGGGUGUGGUCUUGAACUUCUCCGGCGGCGGCCCGAGACAAGGAGAAUACCAUUCGAAUUAUACGACCUUCGGAUUCACAUCGGACUGGAAGCCAAUUGGGCACAAUACUACCACUCCUGUCGCUCUCAAGAUGGCUGGCGUUCCUGAUGAAGCUUUCGGUAUAUCCGGCCCCGGAGGCACACUGUUCGCUCUCAUGUGGGUUUCUAGCAUGCCUCCAGAUACCGCAGAGAGCUAA